GAGAGAGAGAGAGAAAAAAAAAAGAACAACAAAAGCAAAACCAAUAAAGAAAUGAAAGAAAGAAAGAGAGAGAAAGAGAAAGAGAAAGGAAACCCAAAGAGACAAAGGUUCUCAAAACUCCAUGAUUAAUUCAAAAAUUCUCUCAAAAACAGGACCUAUUUUUUCUUUUUUUAUUUAAAAUUUUUUCUUUCACCCCCACCCCACUUCUCUUACUACUUAAUCCAGUGUAAGAAGACCUCUCAAAGGUUCUACAAAGAGUUGUUUUGUUAAGAACUACAAAGCCAAGAGAAAAAAGAAAAAGAAAGAAAGAAAAGAAAGGGAAAGUGGAGAUAAACAGAAGAGAAAAAGAAAGAGAAAGAAAAGUUAAAGAAAAGGAGCUAAUAAGCUAAGCCAUAUAGUAGUAUUAACAGUACUAGUACCAGUACCAGUAGUUUGUGUAAAUCAUUUUCAAGUUGUUUGACAGUAUCAUCAGUUGAGAGAGUUGGAGAAGGCUAAAUUGAAUUUAAAGGGAAUAUUAUGAAUAGAGCUGGUGUCUUGCAACAAAGCUCGCCGGUGCAACAAAUGAUGGCGGCCGGAAACCCUAACUGGUGGAACUACAACACCAUGAGGCCACCAACUCAGCCAGUAGUGCUGCCUUCUCCUAGCUUCUUGUACCCACAAUUUAUUCCCACUAAUACUGCUACUACAACUACCACCACUACCACCACCACUUCUAAUUCCUCUUCAUCUAAUUCUUCUGCUAAUUCUUCUCAUCUUGAGCUUCCUAAUAUGCCUUCUUGGCAUGAUAAUAACCAGGACCAGCUUCCCGAGUCUUGGAGCCAACUCCUCCUGGGAGGAUUGGUUGGUGAAGAAGAAAAGGCUAUUAAUAUGAUGAACCACUUUCAAGUGAAGAAGUUGGAGAAUUGGGAAGAUCAUGAUAAUCAACACAAUCAUCAUCAUCAUACUCAUCCUCAUCCUCAUCAGAUGCUGAGUAACACAACUCAGGCUUCUAAUGCUUCGGUGGUAGAUGUGAAGCAAGAAAAUACAGCAGCCUAUGUGUACGGACAUGGAAACCAAGAGUAUGAACCGGCGAAACUUGGUAGUCCUUGGUUAUCUCCACAUCAUCAGCACCAAUUAAUAAUGGCAGCAAGUAAUAGUAAUUCCUCUCCCAAAUCAUCCUGUGUCACAAGUUUCAGUAGUAACAUGUUGGACUUCUCUAACAUCAAACCUGAUCACCGCACCACCACCACCACUACCCAUCCGCCGCCACUACUUCAGGAUCGGUCCUCUGAGUGUAACAGCACUGCAACUGAAGGAGCGCCACUCAAGAAAGCUAGGGUUCAACCUUCUUCAACCCAAACAACUUUCAAGGUGAGGAAGGAGAAAUUAGGUGACAGAAUUACUGCUCUUCACCAGUUAGUUUCCCCAUUUGGAAAGACUGACACAGCCUCUGUCUUGUUAGAAGCUAUUGGGUACAUCAGAUUCCUUCAGAGUCAAAUUGAGGCUCUCAGCUUACCUUACUUGGGCAGUGGAUCUGGAAACAUGCGACAACAACAGUCUGUUCAUGGGGAGAGGAAUUGCAUGUUCCCUGAAGACCCUGGUCAGCUAUUGAAUGAUAAUUGCAUGAAAAGGAAAGGGGCUCCUGAUCAACAGGAUUCUCUCGAGGAGCCAAAGAAAGAUCUGAAGAGUAGGGGGCUGUGUUUGGUGCCUGUUUCAUGCACACUGCAAGUUGGGAGUGACAACGGAGCAGAUUAUUGGGCCCCGGCUCUUGGCGGCGGAGGCGGUGGAGGUUUCCGGUAAACAAAGAAUUAAGUUGGUCUAAUGGCGCGGCAGCACAAAGAGAGUUUUGUUGGAGAACGAUAUAACAUCAUGAGCAGUCACUCUGCUAAAAAAUCUAAGGCUGAUUGCUCAUGAUGCUAUACAAUCUUCAACCCUGUUUGUGUUGUUUGCUUAUUAAGCUGCUAGCUAGUAGUUUUUAAUUGGGGAUUUGCAAGUCAUCCUUAAGAAAAAAACUCUCCCUCAUUUUAAGUCUUUUUAUUAAAUUUGUCUGUCGUCAUAUUUCUUUAAUUACGUACUCUAUACGUACGUACGUACAAUAUUGCUGUUAUUGUACAUGCAUGCAUGCAGUUUUAGAAAUGUACUAAUUAUCAUUUCAUUAAGA